ACAAAUCACAAUAUAGAAUAUUCUAUCCAAAUCUCAAAUCUUUAAUCUCUCAGCAAUAUAAUUCUUAGAGAUUUUAUUGAAAUGACUUCCCAAAUAUUGUUGAUUUUCAUAGCAUUUUCAGUUUUCGUCGUAUGUUCGAGUAGAACUUUGGGGCCAGCUCCGGACAAUCAGCAAAUGAAGUGUUAUCUCGUCAAUGUUGAUUUUGCAUUGUAUCAUGGUGACUGUAAGCAAUACCAACAACUUCUCAAAAAGGUGGUUCACGGAAGGUCAGCAAAAGAUGCUCUUGUAUAUUGCUACAAGGAAGUCAUGAGCGGGUUUGCAGCAAAACUGACCGCUGCAGAGGCUGAAAAAUUAAAGGGUGAGAAAGGGAUUUCUGCUAUAGAUGUAGACCACAUAUUCUCCAUGGACGUCGAACCCCAUAGCCAUGGCAAAGGAUAUUAACAACUAGUUGCUUAAUAUUGUAAGGGUUUUUUCUUUUUGUUCGGUAAAUCACUCUUGUAAGGUUCACUUGAAAACUUGGAAAGAACUAAUAACAAAAGAAAGGAUGAUUUGAAAUGAAAUAUAUUAACUAAAACUCAA